GGGGCCGGGGAGCGGGCGGUGUCGAACCGGAGCUUCCUCCGCAGGUACCGGGCGGGGGGGCACGGACGGGACGGGCGCUGCCCCGGAGCCGCGCGGGGGCCGCCGUCGGGGGACGUUUCUAGGGGCGAAUUUUUUAGGGACGCUUCCCGAGGCGGCGCUCGGCUCCCCGGACCGCGGGGCCGUUCGGGGCCGUUCGCUGACGGCUCUCGGGGCCCCCCCCCCCGGGCCCAGCGUCCCCCAGCGCCGCCCGGUCCCGCGGCGAUGGGCGAGUGGGGCUUCCUGAGCUCGCUGCUGGACGCGGUGCAGGAGCACUCGCCCAUGGUGGGCCGCUGCUGGCUGCUGCUGAUGCUGCUCUUCCGCGUGCUGGUGCUGGCCACGGUGGGCGGCGACGUCUUCGAGGACGAGCAGGAGGAGUUCGCGUGCAACACGCGGCAGCCGGGCUGCAAACCGGCGUGCUACGACGCGGCCUUCCCGCUCUCCCAUUACCGCUUCCUCGUCUUCCACGUGCUCGCGCUCUCGGCGCCCGCCGCGCUCUUCCUCGUCUUCGCCGCGCACCAAGCGGCCAAAGCGGAGCUGCCCGCGGAGCCCCGCGCCCGACGGCUGCGGCGAUUCUACGCGGGGAGCGUGGCGGUGCGGAGCGCGGCCGAGCUGGGCUUCCUGCUGGGGCAGCCGCUGCUCUACGGCUUCCGCGUGCCGCCGCUCUUCGUCUGCCGCCGCCGGCCGUGCCCGCACCGCGUCGACUGCUUCGUGUCCCGCCCCACCGAGAAGACCGUCCUCAUCCGCUUCUACUUCGCCGUGGGGCUGGCGUCCGCGCUGCUCAGCCUGGCCGAGCUCGGCCACCUCCUGCGCAAGAGCCGCGCUCCCCCCGAGCGGACCCCCGGCCCCGGGGGGGCGAUACCGCGGCCCCGGCCCCCAGCGCGGGCGGCCCUGGAUGUGUGA